AGACACUAACCGCUAGAGUGCUCAUUCCUCACUGUCUACAUUUGCGCUGAAUCCUGUAAUGUUCAAUGGCGUGAGCAGUAUAUUUACAGAGGCAACACAACGAUGUCAGAAGCAAGAGGCAAUGACCAGAAUGGCGGGGCCACAAAAGAACCAGCAUUUAGUGAAAGAGACAAGGCCAUGUUAGUUCAAGUGUUUGCACAGCCAUGUGCCAAUUCGGACUGUACUAAAAGCACCUCGGAUGAAUCCAGCAGCAGAACUGACACAAGCCCAAAUAGUCAAAUUGAAGCCCAAUGCCAGUCAGUUCUAGCUAACACCAUUCAGAAUCCAGAAGGUGCUGAGAUAGUAAACAACUCGACAAGUGAAAGGGACAACGCUGUCGCUAAAAUAGACCUUGACGAGGUGUCCAGUCAUUCUAGGGAGCUCAAGUCCCUUCUGGCUCUGUCCAAGGAAGCCAAUUUAGACACCAACAUUCCUAGGAAGCGCAAGUCAAAUAGUGUGAAACGAAAGCUGGAAGGUGAAACACGUCUUAGUGCUGGCAAAGGAUUUAGAAUUCAAUAUCCUGUGACUGCAGAAGCUGAACUUGAAAUGGAGCUUCAUAGUGCUGAAAGAUCCAAAAUGGAUUUCCAGGAGGAUGACAGUUCUUCAACAAAUCUGACCCCCCCGAAAGGCUUUAAGCAGAAAAAAAGUGGCGCAUCUGAAACCUCAGGAGAGAGCAUCCAUGAGGAUAGCGCUAGAAAGAAUCGAAAACCGUUCAUAGGCGAUCUGCCAAUAUUUAAACCAAACAAAGACAUAUUUUGCUGGAGAUGUCACAAAGACAGUGUAAACAUAUGUUGCGAAACUUGCCCACGAAGCUAUCAUCAAAAAUGUCUCAAGCAAACCAUUUCGGAUCCAGACCAUUGGCCAUGUCCAGAGUGCGUUUCUAUUUUAAAAGCUGAAAGCAUGAAUUCAAGGUCGACAGCCAUGAGGGAAAUGACAUUAGAGCAUCUUUGCAGUCUGCUGAAAUUUGCAGCGCAGCGAAUGGUGCAAUGUCAAGGGUCUGAACCCUUUAUUCAUGCGGUAAAUGACAACGACUUUCCAGAGUACAAAAAGUAUAUUAUUCAGCCUAUGAAUUUAACUUUGCUCGAGAAAAACAUCAAAGAUAACGUGUAUGGCAGCACUCAAGCAUUUGAGGCGGACGCAAAGUGGAUUUUGCAUAACAGCAUUGUAUUCAAUUCAUAUGGCAACUGUUCUAAUGGUAAAAAAUAUCAGUCUAAGUUGACCAGCGUAGCGAAAACGAUCAUCAAAAUAUGCAAGCAAGAAAUGUCCGAAAUUGAAAACUGCCCCUGUUGUUAUCUGAACGCUAACACGAAAAAAAAGACUUGGUUUGUGGAAGUUUGCCCCAAGCCACAUUUACUUGUUUGGGCCAAAUUAAGAGGAUUCCCAUAUUGGCCUGGAAAAGCUAUGAGUUGCAAGGAUGGAAUGGUAGAUGUUAGGUUUUUUGGUGCACAUGAUCGAGCGUGGGUUCCAGAAAAAGAAUGUUUCCUGUAUACGCCAAAGGAUCCCAAUUUGUUUCGUGUUAAAAGAGCUGAUAUUGAACAAUGUGUGGAGGAGUUGGAGUUGCAUGUUGAAAAUCUCAAAGCCGUUUACGAUGAUUUCAAUUAUCCACUGUUCAAAACCCCCAUCGAUUCGGACAAUGAACUGAAGCAACUGCAAAUGUUCUUGCCCAGAUAUAAAGCCUACUUUUACACAACCAAGGAGCAAAACCAAGGUAUGGAUGCCGCUGAAGUCAAGAAGGAAAUUGUUGACAGUGAUUCUCUGGGUGAAAAAUUCCAAGAAAGUCUGAAUGUGAAUAUGAAGGGCAUGCAAAGAAAAGACACAAAAAAAUCCUUAGAUGAUGAGGCCAUGGAGGGAUAUGGUACUGACGAUGAAUCAGUGACAGCCAUUGACACCGAAAUGCGAAAAACCUUACUAAAAAUGGCACAAAACCCUGACGAACAUCAAAUAGACCAAGAUGACACUCAAGUUGCAGACACCGGCGGCAUUGAACAAGAUGAUUUCGAUAAGGAAGCAUUUAAGAAUAUUUCGCUUCACAUGAGAGUUUUAUUGAAGAAAUCUGAUUCUGAACCGUGUAGUAAACGGCCAUCGGUCGACGAACGAAGACCUUGUCGCAGAAAUAGCGAAUCAAAGUCAAACAUCAACCGAAGUGCCGACAAGAUAAGUAAAGUGAACAUUUCUGACGAUAUGGAAGUGAGACUAGGAAAAGAAAAGGCCGAACGCGUUUCCGAGAAUAUUUCAUCCAGCAAUAGCGAGUGUUCCAGCGACGUUAGCGUGGAUAGCAAGAAGCGGCCCGUCCAAGUAGAUGUGGAUAAUGUGGAAUUUACUAUUUCCCCGGCAAGGAAGUUGAAGAUGGUUGAUGCUCUUAUGAAGCGAUUUUCUGAUGGUGAUUCGGGGGCGGAAACUGCCAGUUCCAACACCAAGUUAAUUCCUCGGAAUCUUAAAAAAGCAAAGCGAAGCCUUGUACCCCAUGAAGAAUCGGCUACGGAAGGAAAUUCUGUCAGUUCCAUCGUUAUGAAUGAAGACGAAGAGAAAACGGAAAUUACAUGUGAUGAAGCUGAUAAAAUUACAAAAUCUUUCAAUUCUCCAACAAGCAAGUAUGACGGUCUACCUGUCACGCGGACAACGCAAAAAAACGAGGAUGUAAGUAAAAGAACUGUAAACAGCUGUGCUAGCAAGAAGCGGAGCAGGUCCCGGACAAAAACGUCUGGGAGUAAACUGCUUCCAAGGGUGUCCAAAAGUGAACAGAAGAUUGAAAAUAAUCCAAAUGAGUCAGUUCAGCAUGAAUCCGAAGUAGCAGAUGUAUCAAUUGAGCAACAAUCGAAUAAGCCAAGUGACGAAAUGCAGAUUUCAAAUAAUUCAGAAGCUGUGCAACAGUCUUCAGAAGUCAACACGCCAAUGUUACAGAAAACGGAUGCAAAACUUGUCUCAAAAGAGAGUAAAUACUCUAGUAGUUCGGAAGAUGAUGACUGCACUAUUCUUGCGAGGCUGGUGAAAAGCAAUUCCUCAGUGGCAGAAGGAAAACGUUACAAGAAAAAGGCAGCAGGGAAAAAGACUCCGGAUUCUGAUCCCGACACAGAUGAACAUAUGGCUAACGUGGAAUUGAGUAUAGACAAGGCUAACAUCCUCAAUAUAAUUCAUGGUUCGCUAGUGAAUGCAGAUACAGCUAUUGAUCAGGCCAAAAGCGAUAAUGAAGAAUGUUCUUCGAAAAAUACCGACCAGAGGCAACGCAAAAAACGAAAAGCGAGUUACGAUUCUAGUGAUGGAAUAAUUGAAAGUCGAAACAAAGUCCUUAAAAUUGUGCCGGCGGAAAAUGUCAUAAAUCAGCCCAACGACAAUCACCAAAUAGAUGACAAAGACGAAUGUGAUCAGUCGAAUCUGAAAUCGUCUAAGAAACCCGAUUUUUGUCGCAGUUCGCCGACUUUUUCAAAGCACAAUUCGACACACGGGACUUCUGCUGAUGAAGCCAAAACCCACACUGAACCUGAAGGAGGUUCACGUGGUUUUCAAGACCUGGAGGCUAAAAGGAAGUAUUUAUCAGCUCUUAACAUACUUGAAAAAGGCGAAGCGGACGCACAAAAACCGAAAACUCACGAAAUUCGUACUCGCUCCAAAACCGAAGAGAAAAGGGAAAGGUUGCGAGUAAGUAAAGAACCUCAAAUUUCUGAUAAUAUGUCAAAAACAAUCGAAGAUGUGGCGGCAAAUUAUAGUGCCUUUCAUCAAACUGAAUCGGACUCUGCUAUUACCAGCAAGAAACAGGGUGUUGCUGACGCGUCGAAAGCUGAUGGAUGCGAAAUUUUUGUCAAAUCUUUUGCAAAAAUAGGUGAAAUAUCAAAAUCCAACUUGCCAGAAGCAUCGGAAGUUAGAAGUGGCCUCAUACCGACUCUUCCUAGCAAGCAAAGGGCACGAAAAUCUUUCCCACAUCCAAACUAUAUGAAGCCAAUAGACAAAUCCAUACAAACCAAUACUGCUUCAGAUCAACAAGCUGCUUUAAUUCCCGUAACUGAAAUUAUACCUCGGAUAUUGACCAAAAAUAUUGAAUCGGCAUCCCCCACUCCCGUUCAAACUUCGACAGCAAUGGCUGUACAGCAGACAUCAAAAACGGCAGCAGUUGCACCAAUACAGCAGCUAGAUAGCAUCCGCCCUACGAAUGGUUAUCUGAUUCUGCAACCGCAGCAGCAGGAUAACUUAGUUUUUAUUCCUCCCAAUCAAACGUUAAGCUAUUCUUCACCGAUUACGAACCAAGUUAUGUCAGUCACUCCGUGUUUAGUGUCUUCCUCGGCUAACACUGCAGCCAUUCGACAUUUGACUACUCCAGCGCAGAUAUGGCAUCCUGGUCAGAAUUCCAAUUUAGACCUAAUGGGCUUGAAUGUGAGUCGAUCGCAAAACUACAUCCCUCAAGGCGAAACAUCAUCAAAAUCGGUCACCUCUCAAAUUGCUUCUAAAACCAGCGGCGAAUGCCCUGCUAUCAGAGUUGUUAAUGGUAUGCCUGAGCUCAGCUUCAAUGGACCUAGUAUCGAAGCAACAGCUGGUGCUACUUCUGCCAGUUCUCGUCAGUCCGAAAACGAGGAGCGAAACCAAGAAGUGGUUUGUGGUGUUUCUGAAAGGGCACAAGCCGGAACUGAAUCGUCAGAAAAUGGAGAAAACGUAGAAGAUUACGAGUUCGCGGCGCUAAACAACGCAGUACACGAAAAUGUCGGCAGGAUCGUGAAUGACUUAAUAAGAAGGCCGCCACCGAAAUUAAAACCACGUCCACCGGGAGCGUUGAGUCAACAGUUUAGUGAAGGCUUACCUAGUUCUGCAGGCCCUGUUACAGCAAGGGUUAAUUCAGUAGCUUAUAGAUUGGGAGAUUAUUUUCGAGGAAUGUUAAUCGAAACGUUAAAGGACCUAGGGAAAUCUAAUAACACAGAGGCGGCCAUUAUCGGUUUAAAACAAGAAAUCGAAACAUUGAAGCACAAACACAAUGUAGAGAUUUCUGAAAUAGAGAAAAAUAUGACUACAGUACUAAAGGACAUCCAACGAACUGUGAUAGAAGAACGAGAGAGGGUCAUUGAAGAAACCAGGGCGGCUUCCGAGGCGGAGGCAAUUAAACGCGUGGAAGAAACAAAAUUAAAACAAUGGUGUGCAAAUUGUUUAAAAGAAGCUCAGUUUUAUUGCUGUUGGAAUACAAGUUACUGCGAUUAUCCUUGUCAGCAGAAACACUGGCCUACACAUAUGAGCAAGUGUAGCCAACAUGCCAGUCAGUCUUCGCAAACAAAUUCGUCUACGAUCGUUAGACCGAACAGCCAACAACUAAUACUUAGACCUGCAAAUCCGCCAUCAAAACGUGGCGUUGGGAAGGUAUUCACAAAACCUAUACACAAAGUAUAUAUGAAUCGUAAUAUGACAGCGCCGAAAACAGUAAGAAUGCAGAACACUGCUACCAAUCUACUGACGAUGAUGGAAACAACUCCGGGCAAUUUCCAACUGGUUACUACCAAUGCGAUAAUACGGACAGGCCAACCUGCCAUCACACCCAUUAAACCAGCGAAUGUUAUUUCUGUAUCGUCCAUUAAUAGCGUUAAUCAACAACAGAAAAUUUGCACAUCCAAACCGCCUGUUAGGAUUGCGCCUGUUACCGGCACAUUAGAUGAGGAAUCUGAUUAAAUAUCAAAUGUUUUAUGUCACUUGUGACAGUAGUUCAUUCGUUUAAGGCGGCACACAUACAGAUCUGAUGUUAGGCGUUAAAUUUAAAUUGAAGACGCAUGAAAAGCAAGCCUUCUGAAUGUCCACAAGUUAAAACAAUAUUUUUAAAAGCAGGAGGCUUGUUUUUAUUUAUUUCCCAUGCAAAACUUAACUAUGUCGAACUGGCUUCGGAACGUUGGAAUGAAAAAUGUGAAGGGUAUUGUAUGGCAGGUAAUAACAUCAUUGGCAUGACCAAGCUAAAUGUUGCAUUUUCUUCCACUUUGUACAUACAUAUAGUCAAGUGAACUGAAAGCAGACAAAACCACAAAUUACUAAACUCUUGGAAAAAGGACAAAACCUAGAGACUUGACAGCUCUAGCUGUUGCCGGUUCAAAGCUCAAAGUGACUGAUCAUGAAGAAAUUUCUUCGAUUUUAUACAUGGUUUAAAUCGAUUGAUUUAUGACGGUUGACAACUCGGAUAUAUUGAUAUUAGCUUUUUAUAUAAAAUAUGUAUUUGAAAUAGUAUGGUUUAAUUAAAUUGAUCCGUAAGGGGACGUUUACAUUUUAUAAGUGAAAAAUUGAAUUUUUUGAAACACAUUGAACAUCUCCCGUAUAUACGGAGUACUUGAGAUCGGAAAUAUGUGGAUGCUUGUGAAGAGGAAUGUGUUGAAGAUUGUCCAAAUGUUUCGUCAGUCGCAGAAGCGACGAACGUCAAGAUCUGCUGCAUUCAUUUUUACAUCAUGUAGAGCUUUAUAUCCUUGUAUUUGUAAAUAAAACAGUCCUUUUACUAGAAUAAGCAAAA